AUGCUGUUUCCAGACAGCAUCACACGCUUCCCUCGCACAGACUGGAAGCACGUCCCUUUCUCAUGCCCUCCCAUACCUCGGGGCAUGCUGGACGCGAAGGCUCGCUGGGCAGCAUGCACCGCAAGCAAACGAUGGCAAGCCGCAUUCGACGACGACAACGACGGCCACUUGACAACUGGCACCCCCGGCCAACUCGACGCCGUAGACUUUGCCGUCGCUGUCUUUGGUGUGGCGUAUCGCAUGAAAGACUACAUGCGUGUCAUUUCAAGGCAUCGUAAAAGUACAAUUGCCUCUGGCGAGGGAUGGAGAGCCAUCACGGACCUUGUCAUUCAGACGGCGUACGACAUUGCCUGCACGUCGGUAUCGAAUCGUUUCCAAAACUUUACGCUGCCCGAACUCGACUAUGUGCGCAAGUUUGCGAGGGGCGCCAUGGACAGUGUCUGGGACGAAGGCAUCGACUCGUUGGGUACGCUGCAACGCACUGAAUACGACGAGGACUUGUUUACCGACCGCUACAUGCCAGAUCCAGUGUCGAUUCCUCUGCGUGCGUUCACGGUCGUCAAUCAUGAGCUCGACCACGACCCAGAGGCAGAGGACAAGAAGCGGGUCCUGCUUGUCGAUGCCUGCGGCGACGUUGUUUGCGGAUAUCGUGGUAAAGACCUUCCAGACGAGUAUCGCAAAGUCGUCCAUCCCUGGGACCAUACGUCACCGCCGGGUACGCCUUCCCAGAGCACAACGUCGUCACCAACAUCGUCUACACCAUCCUGUGACAACCAACACCCAACAGACGUCAGCUUGCACUGA